UCUCGAGAAAUCGAUUGUUAUUUAUUUUUUCGUAAUUGGGAUUUGGGGGCGAACUAAACACUCAUUGACGGGAUUCACCUACUUGUUAUUGCAUUGGCUUGGUUGUUUUAAGAAAUUUGAGCAGAGUUGACUUGGGAUCGAAGUAAGGUUGAAAGAUUUUGUUUGAAGUUAUUCUGUGUUGAAUUUGGAGAAUGUGAUGAUGGAGGAAACAUCGGAUUUGGUCGUCUAGAUAAUGCGAGCACGAGCGAGGGUAAGCCACCGCAUCCUCGUACGCCGUCGUAUGGGCUGCAAUGUCCUAACAGUGAUGCCGUUUUGAAGCCUUGUAAGAAGUCCCUCGUUCGACACCCCUCUCUUCAGGCGAAGUCAAAAGCAUUGGAUAUUGCUGUUGGAAAUGGACAUGUGGUGGAAAACCAUAGUGCUGAGUUCAUCCCUGUUGUCCGUUCUGGAGCAUGGGCCGACAUAGGGUUUAGAACAAGCAUGGAAGAUGUAUAUCUGUGUGUUGAUGAUUUUAUGCAUGAUUACGGUCUCAAGAAUUUCGCUGAUGGGCCCCGUGCCUUUUAUGGGGUGUUCGAUGGACAUGGUGGGAAGCAUGCUGCUGAUUUUGCUUGCUAUCAUUUGCCAAGGUUCAUUGUUGAGGAUGAAGACUUUCCUGAAGAGGUUGAGCGGGUUGUUGCUUCAGCAUUUCUUCAAACUGAUACUGCUUUUGCAGAAGCUUGUUCAUUGGAUUCAGACCUUGCUUCUGGUGCCACUGCUUUGGUAGCUCUUGUUUUUGGGAGAAUGUUGGUUGUGGCAAAUGCUGGAGAUUGUCGAGCAGUUUUAUGUCGUCGUGGCAAAGCAAUUGAAAUGUCAAGAGAUCACAAGCCCAUGUGCAGUAGGGAGAGAAGGCGUAUUGAGGCAUCUGGAGGUUCUGUUUAUGAUGGUUACCUUAAUGGGCAACUUAAUGUGACUCGUGCAUUAGGGGAUUGGCACAUGGAAGGAAUGAAAGGUGCAGAUGGUGGACCACUAAGUGCAGAGCCUGAGCUUAUGACUGCAGAUCUAACCGAGGAGGAUGAAUUUCUGAUCAUAGGAUGUGAUGGGGUUUGGGAUGUUUUCCGGAGCCAAAAUGCAGUCGAUUUUGCUAGGAGGAGGCUUCAGCAGCAUAAUGAUCCUGGCAUGUGCAGUAAGGAUCUGGUGAAUGAAGCUUUGAAGAGGAAAAGUGGGGAUAACUUGACUGUAGUUGUGGUAUGCUUUCAAUCCAAUCCACCCCCGAACUUGGUCGUCUCUCGUGCAAGAGUGCGGAGGAGCUUUUCUGCUGAGGGCUUAAUGGAGUUGCAAAGCUUCUUGGAUAGUGUGGCAAACUAAGAUGGUGGCUCUAUGUUCCAUAGCACUUUUAGGUACGGAGAGAUGUGAGUUUCAAUUCAACUGUAACAUACGCGGCGGCGACUCGUUCCAUUUAAAACU